UACGUUUCAUUUAUUUAUACUACAAAUUGUGUGUAUAUUUCAGAGUGUUUUGAAAGCAUGAAUGUAAAAGAGGGUGAAGUGCGAGACGACCGGGAAGUGCGGCGAUUGCGGAACCAAUUAGUGAAGAGUAUCUAUAGUUUCAUUCGCACCGAAAUCCACUUCUCGAUGAGACGUCUAUUGGCCGCCGAUAUUAAGGACUUAUAUAUCGGUCGAUACGAUCGGAGCGACGAUUUGGUGUUAACUAAAGAUCUUAAGCGCAAUAAACUGUUCAAUGAGUGCGCGAACGGAGACUAUAGCAGACAUCCCAUUAAAGGCGGUCUUCAGAUACGACCAUAUCUUACAUACAAUUGUCUGAAAUCCAGUGCUUCUCAAUCGACACAAAAACUGCUGCGAAAGGACUGGAAGUGCGAGUCUUGUGGCAAAGAGUGGUCACUCACACCGUUAGAACAGAUCCGACACUCAGAGCAAUGCAAACCAAUGGCCACUACCGACAGCCGCGAUGACAAGUCUGGGGCGGGCGGUGAAGACGGGGAAGCGACCACAUCCGGAACCGAUACUUACGACCCCCUGAAGGUACUCUACACCUGCGAUGAAUGUCAGCAAAAAUUAUUGCUUACAUCGACUCAAAUACUGAGACAUAAACGCGACCAUCGGUUGAAUGCGGCCGACGUUACGGCCGAACCAAAUGUUUUAUAAAAACUUAUUUAAAAGUCUAUGAGAUGUAUAUAACAACUUGUAUUUAUAUUGAAAUGAAAAUAGAUUUUAAAAGAGAUUUUUAUGAUAUAUUAUUAAAAUGAAUGAUUAAAUUGUUAUCAAUAGUAAAGAUAA